GUCAAUUGUCAGCUUGUCAAAAGAUGCAGCAUGCCUCUGGAUUUGAGUCACACCCAGUGAAGCAAUAAGCUCUGCCAGAGCUAAAAAUAAUACACUAUCUCAACUGAUAAACUAGUCUGUAAGUGGGUGUACAACUGGAAAGGGUAAACUACUCUAUUCAAGACUGUUCUGCUCCAGUUGAACAAAACAAAGAAGCAGCUUUAUCAACAUUGUUUCAGCAAUGGAAGGAGUAGUUAUACGGCAUUGGGUGGAAACUCCAAUACGUUAUCAGGAGCAUUUUGCUGAUCAAGAUUUGGAUGCGUGCAAACUAAACCACUCUCUGUAUGCCUUGCCAGGCCCAGCAACAGCCACUCGGACAAAGAAUAUACAUACAGUCAAGAGUACUGCUGAAACAGAGCAGAACCAUACAGAUGAAGAAAAGCCUAAAUUUCAAGUCUUACUAGAUGUUGUGCAGUUCCGUCCUGAAGAUGUUAUCAUUCAAACCUUUGAAGGCUGGCUCCUGAUCAAAGCUCAGCAUGGACCCAGGAUGGAUGAACAUGGCUUUAUAGCCAGAAGCUUUACUAGACAAUACAAAUUGCCAGACAGAGUUGAAACAAAAGAUCUGAAUGCUCUUUUCUGUCAUGAUGGCAUUUUGGUUAUUGAAACUAAGACCCUGAGCAAGAAAUGAAUUAUAGACUUUUUGUUACUGGUGAGACAAUAUUGUUCCUACUAUAGCUUAAGCAAUUAUGUACUGUGGUGCUCUGCAUGCAGAACUGCAUUUACAAUGAAGAUAAAGACAAGCCUUUGCAUAUUUUACCCAGUUUGAUUGUUUGAUGUGAAAGACAGUAUUUGCUCCCAACAGCUGCUGAUGUACGGACAUUCAUAACAAGGCUAUCUGACAGAACAGCAUGAAGGCUUGAAAGGAUGUACAAGAUGAAUGCAAAAGAAUGUGUAAAGGGAAGGUUUUACUAAAGAAGAGCAGAAACAGGAAGCUGCGUUUGGAAUCUUAAGGCACUUGUAUUCAAGAGGCAAAAGAUUUAAGCCUAGAGCACAUUUUUAUUGAAAUAGGAUUUUCAUGCUGGAAACUGCUGCAUUAUUAGCACUGUGGCCAUGAUCCGAAGAAGUAAUCUGUGUAUAAGUAAACCAACCAGACAGGUGGACCUCUCUUUAAAGUUUGCCCUAUAGCACCUAUAACAACUCCUGCUCCUGAAGAGGUAAAUCAACUUCUAAACCGAACAAUGACUUCUCAUUCCCAGAUAUAUUAAUAUACUGUAUUGAACAAUUGAUCUUCAAAGUGUUUUUUCUCCAGCUAAGAUUUGUUAUAUAUGCUCUUCUAAAUACUUCAACAUUCUGCUUUUGGGAGAACAGCAGCUGUGUAAGUAAGUCUGCUCCUUUCAAGUGUAGUUAAAAUAAGUAUGACUGCUGAGCUAUGAAUAGUAAAGGAAUUCAAAGGAGAAAGAGCCAAGCUAAAUACAGGCUCUCAUUAUGGGCACCUGUCAUUUGGACACAUUAAAAGAUAAAAUAUUGUUGCAAUUUAU